AUGAAGAACGUCACAGUUCUGAACAGGUCUCGAAUCCAUGCGGAUUCAUAUACGGUGCCUGACUUACCGCUAGAAGAUGCACGUUUCGAUCUUAUUUCAGACUCACUAACAAUCGUCUUGAAGUCUCAAAACUCACUUGAGAUACAACAGUUUCAGAAGAAUGGUGAUAGAAAAAUCCUUGCGUGUAUACCAAUAAACGAAUCUGAUAAACUGCUAAACUUCAUUCACUUUGAGGAUUCAAACUCUAUUGUCUGCGUUUUCGCAAAUGGUGAUUUGAUGAUUGCUAACUAUGAUUCCAUUUCUAAUGAUUACGAACAAACUUUUAUUGAAAUCGUCGGUACCAUAGAUUGCGGUAUCAAAUCUGCUAAAUGGUCCCAUGAUGAAGAGAUUCUAACAUUAGUUACAAACGAGCAUAAUUUGCUACUGUUCUCAAGAAAUUUAGAUUUGGUCUUGGAGAAGAAAAUCGACGCCAAUGAUUUGAAUAUUCAGAACCAGGUUUCUUUGGGCUGGGGUAAGGAGGAAACCCAGUUCAAAGGACGUGGUGCAAAACAAAUUGAAAGACAAAGAAACUUAUUGCGUAAUGCCGGUUUAAAUAUUGAUUCGGAUAAUGCGAUCCUAUGCGAUCCUACCAUCAAAGAAAUUCAAUCUGGUAAAAUAUCAAGCUUUGAUAUAAAUGAUUAUGAAAUAUCUUGGAGGGGCGAUUGCCAAUAUUUUGCUAUAACAUGCAUUGAAAUUGUAAAUGGUAAAGAAAGGAGAGUUAUUAGAGUCUAUUCAAGAGAGGGUGAAUUGAUUUCUUGCUCUGAACCAAUUGAUGGCCAAGAACAUACGUUAUCUUGGAAACCUCAAGGGUCAUUGAUUGCCUCUACGCAAAGAAGGUUUGAACCUGAAAUUAAUGGUCAUGUAUUAGAUGUCAUUUUCUUUGAAAAGAAUGGCUUAAGACACGGCGAAUUUGAUUCAAGGUUAAACGCAAAAAAUGACAAUAUUUUCAAGAUUGGUUGGUCUUCCAAUUCAGAGAUUUUAUUAUUACAACUAUACAAUAGUGUUCAAUUAUGGUAUAUGAAAAACUACCAUUGGUACUGUAAACAAGAGAUUAAAACUUACAGUAAUGAUCCGAUCAAAUUCACUAAAUUUCACCCUGAGAAACCUUUCAAAUUAAUGAUUGGUACCAAGGAAACUCUUGAAAUUAUAGAUUUAUCAUAUGCUCUAACUCAUGGUAAUACAAUUCAGCCUUAUGAUCAAGGCUUAAAUAUGGUUGUUGAUGGUAAGACUUGUUUACUUACCCCGUUUGCAAAGGCCAAUGUUCCACCACCAAUGUCAUUUAGGGAGCUGGAUAUUGAUGAGAAUAUUAAUUGUAUUGCUUCAUCAAUGGACAAUAUGUAUAUUGCUUUAUUGUCCAAUAAACAUGUCCAUGUUUUCAAAGGUGAUGAGGAUAAUUGGAAUUACGAACUUAUUAGUAGCUUCCCCAUUGAGGAUGGGUUAUAUCCAAGACAAGUCCAAAUUGUUGGCAAGGAGAACAAGAUUUAUAUUCUAAUGGACGAUUUACUGAACAACCUAUCUAGAAUACUUGUUUUAGAAAUCAUUGAUGAGCAAGUAGAAUUCCAGGAUAUUAUUGAAACCCCGAAUAAUCUAAAGGUUAUUAAGCUAUCAUCCAACUCGAGUUUUGAUUACGCUGCUUUUGAAACCAUUGAUUCAUCCAUUUACAUUGUCAAUACGGAUAACAGUGUUGAGAAGUUAAGUCAAUUUCCUCAACUUGUAAAUGAUUUCCAAGUAGUUGAAGUUCCAAGCGAGUUGAACACUCCUGAGUCGCCAGAUUUCAUUAAGUUACCAAUUGGAUUGAUGAAUACUGGUAAACUAUACAUUGACUCAAAAUUAAUUUCACAAGGUGUUACAUCAAUGUUAAUUACCGACGGGUUCCUCUUAUAUACAACAGCACAACAUCAAUUAAAGUUUUUCCAUUUACACAAUCCCAAUAUUUUAGACGAUAACGAGAUUAAGGAAGAAUUUUUUGAACAUGACGAAAGAAUCAGAAAUAUCGAAAGAGGCUCAACUUUAGUCAACUCGAUUCCUUCUAAGUCCAGUGUUAUCUUACAAGCUCCGAGGGGUAAUUUGGAGACUAUCUAUCCAAGAAUCAUGGUUUUAAAUGAUGUCAGAAGAGCAAUCAAAAAUGUUAAUUAUAAGAGCGCAUUUAUGACUUGUAGAGUUCACAGAAUUGCUCUUGAUAUACUACAUGAUUAUGAUCCUCAGUUGUUCUUCAGCAAUAUUGAGAAUUUCAUCCACCAAUUAGAUAAAGUUGAAUAUCUCGAUUUGUUCUUAUCAUGCCUAUUGGAAGAAGACGUUUGCCAAACUAAAUAUAAGGAAUCGAAACUUACUAAUGAUGAUGUUAGCAAUGCUGGUAUCGUUGAUGCUAUAAAAGAUUUGAAAAUAUCCAAGAAGGAACAAGGUACUUUGAAGGUUAGAAAUAUUUGCGAUGCUAUUUUGAAUGUUUUGAUUAAUAAAAGUUCAUUAAAGGAGAAAUAUUUACAAUCUAUAAUUACUGCGUAUGCCUCACAGAAACCCCCACGGACGGAAGAGGCUUUGCAGCUCAUCUCAACAUUCACCAAUGAUCAAGAAAUUGAAAAAUCUGUUCAACAUUUAUGCUUCUUGUUAGAUGUAAAUAAGUUAUAUCUACAGGCUCUCGGUAUCUAUAAUAUUCCAUUGGCCCUCAUAGUUGCACAGCAAUCUCAGAAGGAUCCAAAAGAAUAUCUACCUUUCCUACAGAGCUUAUUUGAAGAAACUGAGUUACGUAGGCGUUUUAUGGUUGAUAAUUAUUUGAAAAAAUAUGAAAAAGCAUUAGAUUCAUUGGUCAAGAUUCCAAGAGAGGAAAACAAAGAUAUCAAAGAUGAGAUUAUUGAUUUUAUUAUCGAUCAUGAUUUAUACAAGCAUGCUCUAACAUUGUAUGAAAAUGAUAGUGAAAAUUUCAAUGUAGUUCUAGGUUACUUUGCUGAUUAUCUGAACAGCAAACAAAAUUAUACACAGGCUGCUAUAAUCUAUGAAAAAUUGUUGGACUAUCCGAAAGCAUUGGAGAAUUACAUUUCAGCUAAGCGUUGGAGAGAGGCGAUUUCGAUCACUCUAAAGCCUGAAUUUAAUUAUAAACAUGAAGAAGCUUGCUCAACUCUUGUUGAUUCAUUAACACUUAUUCAUGACUAUAAAUCAGCUGCUUAUAUUAGCCACAAAUAUUUGGGUGACUUGAAACGAGCGUUAGAAUUGUAUGGUAAAGAAUAUGAAUACUCUACAGCUAUACAGUUGUGCUUAGAAGAGGGUAAACCUGAGUUAAUUUCUGAAAUUGUUGACCCCUCAAUCAAUGAAGGUUUUGGUACAAUUGUGGAGCUAUUAGCAGAUUGUAAAGGUCAGUUGGAGUCUCAGCUAAAGAGGUUACGUGAAUUGCGUGAGAAAAAACAAUCUGAUCCAUUUGCUUUCUAUGGUGAAAUGGGUGAAAACGAAAACACCCCAGACAAUGUUUCCAUUGCACCUUCCGAAACUUCCACCAAAGAAUCCUUUUUCACAAGGUAUACAGGUAAAACAGCGGGUACCGCUAAAACAGGUGCAUCCCGUCGAACUGCUAAAAAUAAGAGAAGAGAAGAGCGUAAACGUGCUCGUGGUAAGAAAGGAACCAUUUAUGAGGAGGAGUAUUUGAUUUCCUCAGUUGGAAGAUUGAUUGAUAGAUUGGAAAUCACCAAGCCUGAUACGAUCAAGCUGUUAGAGGCAAUGAUAAGGAGGGAAAUGAUUCAACAAGCACAUAUUGUCCAGAGUAAUUAUGUUGCGUUGUUGAAUCAAUUAAAGGAGAAUGUUGUGGAAAUUUACACUGUUGAUAAGCGUGACAGAGAAAGAAUUGAUGAAAAUGGCAUGGUAUACUACGUUGAUGAAAUUCCAAUCCCUACAAUCAAAGACUUCCCUGUUCUUGAUAUUCUUGACUACUGA